UGUCAAGCAGGCCAAACGACUAGAUUUAAUAUUCUGAUUCAGACAUGUCGGACGAUUCAGAAGAUGAUUAUAUGUCAGAUGCAGUACUACUGCAAUGCAAAGAUACACGACCUGGCUUGGUAUCUUCCAGACAGGCUAAGAAUUAUCAGCGAGAAGAGAAGCAGAAGCAGGCAAAACUCAAGAACACAGUAAAACCAAAAAAGGUGAUAGAAAAUGAGAAGAGAGAGGAAGGGCUGAAGGCAGCCAUUGGUAGUGAAAACAAAGGCUUUGCUCUUCUAGCCAAGAUGGGCUACAAACCAGGAAUGGCUCUGGGAAAACGAGGAGAAGGCCGUUCAGAGCCAGUGCCAAUAGAACUGAAAGAUGGUCGUGGGGGUUUGGGCCGAGACACACAAGUCAAGAGGAAACAGGCUGAGGCAGUUGCCUUUCGUGCAAUGAUCAGUCAUAAACGACAGAAGAUGGAACUGCGACAGAAACAACAUUUUAUGAGUCAUAUGAGUAACAGGUUCUCAGAACAGCAGGCAGAGCGAGAUUUAUAUAAAAGUCAGAAAGUGUGUGAACAACUUGAUUCUCAGAUGGAUAUCAAAGAGCCUGAAGUUUAUUAUUAUUGGCCUGCUUCUCACUUAAAGCAUUUAAAAAAGAAGGCUCAGCAGCAUGUUUGUGAGGAGGAGGAUUAUGAUGAUGAUUUCAAUGAUGAUCGAAAUGAUGGUAUACCCAAAAAACCAUUAAGAUCAUUGCAUGAUUAUGAGGAAGAGGAAGAUGAGGAAGAAGAAGAAGAAGAAGUUAUAGACACAGUACCAAUUACAGAGAAGCUUCAAAUCUUAACUAAAUACCUGCGAACUAAGCAUGUCUACUGUGUAUGGUGCGGCACAAGGUACAAUGAUGCUGAGGACUUGGAAUCAUCUUGUCCAGGGAGCACAUCAGAGGCCCAUGAUGAAUGAUUGUGAAAAAUGGGAAUUUAAAGUAAUUUCUUCAAGGAAAUUUCACUUUGAUUGCUGCACAUGAAGAGGUCAUCUUGGGACUUCCAUCCAAUAUUUGAAGUUCCCUGCCUGAUGGUCUUUGGCCUUCAGCUCAGAAUUGGAUGCCUUGUCCAUGAUGAUUGUCUGGUGGUUUCCUUUAAACUUUGAAAGUCACACAGGUUGAUGAUCUUGUGAUCUCUUUCAUUGUCAGUCUCAUGAUGAUCAUCUGGCAGCUUCCAAGUGAUGGUGAACCAUGCAUGCAUGCAUGAUACUUUGUAUCAACUUUUAAUACCUGCUAGGUGGUGAACAUUCACAAUCUUUGACCUAUGAUAUUCAGUAGCAGAGCUAUUUUAACAUUGACUCUCAUUCAUUGUAAGUGAGGUUUUUGGUCCUUUACUGUUUGUCUAAUUGUUUUCCAAUAUGAUUGAUUGGUAAAGAUGUGAUUUUUUUUGUCUAUAAGGUACAAUAGUGCUGCAGUCCAAGAAGUACCCAGUAGAUAAAAAUGAAGAAGUAUGACAAUUUCUAAGUUUGGAUUAAAUUCAUGACUAUUACAUUUAUCAGCCAAAAAAGACUCUAAGUUUAGAUCAUCUGCUGAAAAUUACGACACUUAUUUUAUAUGUGAUUAUAAAAUAGAACAUUUUAUAUAAUAUAUAUAUACAACAGGCAUGUGGCAGUUAUGUCACAAGUUUUUAAAGUUUUUCAUGUGAAGAACAUGCUUAAAAAAAUAAAGACAGUGACUGGUGAA